AGGUUCAGUCGAGUCUGUGUGUCCUCGCUUCUGGGCUCUGUUUGGAUUUGUUUUUUGUCCGUAUACCCUGACUGUGGCUUCAACAUGGUUGUGCCAGAUCCAAACCCCACAGUGAACACUCAUACAGUAGCGUUCGGAUCGUUUGGCUUUUUUUCAUCAGUAGUCAACAAUGGAUUAACGAGGAGGCCUCCGCUGAGUGGGUUGCACCGACAUGCCAUUGCUUUUGUUAUUGGUGCUGCGCUUGGCUAUUACUAUAGGCAGUUUGAACGAAGACAUUGGGCUGAGAGAGAUUGGUAUAUUGAAGACUAUGUACAAAGACAUCCUCAGUCAUUUCCUGAACCAGAGAAAAAGAAGAUGGGAUCCAUACUGCACCCUUGGGGACCAGUCAAGUAACACAGCAACCAUGUAUAUUGUAGAAUGUUUUUCUGUCAAGAUUUAUUCAUUAGAUAUCUGAAAUUACUAAAUUGUUUAUUUUUAGGAGUAUUUACUCAUAUUUACUCAUUGCCCAUAGAUGUGACUGUGUAAUGAAGGCGCAUGUAUCGAUGAUAUUCUCUGCAGUAAUUGCAGAAGUGUGUUUGUAAAUUAAAAUAUUUGAAAAAAAAAA